UUGGAAAGUCGCAUUGUGGCAAAAAUGUAUUUGGGCAUUAUUUCUGCACUUUCAAAGAUAACACUUAAAAUGGAGCCGUAACAGAAGUGCAGAUUUCUGUGUUUCUCACAACAAACUUGCUCUGGUCCAUUCCAGAUCUAGAACGACGCCUUCCCUGAGCAUGGGCUGCCCCCCACCCACUGCCCCGGUACACUGACAGGCACUUCUGGGGACACCACGUCCACGUGCUCCGGCUCAGCCCAGACCCGUCCUUGUGAUUCUUCUCACAAAGCCCUUGAGAUGAGAACUAUUUGCUGUGCUGCUUUGAGCCCGUGGUUGGAUUUCAGACACCAGCUAGCAAACAGAAAAGGCAGGGAGGUGCCUCUCCUAACCUUUGAGAUCAAACAGGCAGGGUGCUGUGUACUCCAUUUGUUUAAGAACCUGGCUCCGGGGAGAAUAGGGGUUCUAAGGUUGUCUGGGUCCUGUGGGAAUGUGGGGUCAGUGUAGAGAGCUUUCCACAGAGCUGGGGAGAUAAGCCAGGACCCAGAUUGCUGAUGAGCCCAUGAACUCUGCGUUUGAAGCUCCUAGGUUUCAAAACCAGAGGCCACAGGAGACCUUCUGCCCUAAGAGGAAGCCGCAGGGCCCAGCUGCACCCUGAGUUUGGAGUACCCCGCUUCCCUCUUACUUGUUUGGUACACCCCUUGGUGUUCCUCAAGACCCAGCUGAGAUGUGACCUUCUCCAGGAAGCCUUCCUGAGUCUCCUCAGGGCUCAUGAAAGGAGAGCAGCAUGAGGAGCAGGGGCUGGGCCCCGACCCUGCGGCACCCCCGCAGCCCAAAGAGGAGGAGGAGGCCCUGAUCGAGUUCCACCGCUCCUACCGAGACCUCUUCCAGUUCUUCUGCAGCAACACCACCAUCCACGGUGCCAUCCGCCUGGUGUGCUCCCAGCACAACCGCAUGAAGACGGCCUUCUGGGCUGUGCUCUGGCUCUGUGCCUUCGGCAUGAUGUACUGGCAGUUCGGCCAGCUGUUCGGGGAGUACUUCAGCUACCCCGUCAGCCUCAACAUCAACCUCAACUCGGACAAGCUCGUCUUCCCCGCCGUCACCAUCUGCACCCUCAAUCCCUACAGGUACACGCAAAUUAAAGAGGAGCUGGAGGAGCUGGACCGCAUCACAGAGCAGACGCUCUACGACCUGUACAAAUACAACUCCUCCAGCACCCUGGGGACCCACCCCCGCGGUCGUCGCGACUUGCGGGAGCCCUGGCCGCACCCCCUGCAGCGCCUGUGGGCCCCGGCCCCGCCCCCCGGGGCCCGCGGAGUCCGCAGCGCCGCCUCCAGCGUGCGGGACAAUAACCCCCAAGUGAACAGGAAGGACUGGAAGGUCGGCUUCCAGUUGUGCAACCGGAACAAAUCGGACUGCUUUUACCAGACGUACUCGUCAGGGGUGGAUGCAGUGAGGGAGUGGUACCGUUUCCACUACAUCAACAUUCUUUCUCGACUGCGGGACACUUCUCCAUCCUCAGAGGAGGACAUGCUGGACAACUUCAUCUUUGCCUGUCGCUUCAACCAGGCCUCCUGCAAUCAGGCGAAUUACUCCCACUUUCACGACCCGAUAUAUGGGAACUGCUACACUUUCAAUGGCAAGAACAACUCUAACCUCUGGAUGUCUUCCAUGCCUGGGAUCAAAAAUGGUCUGUCCCUGACGCUGCGCACAGAGCAGAAUGACUUCAUCCCGCUGCUGUCCACAGUGACCGGGGCCAGGGUAAUGGUGCACGGGCAGGAUGAGCCUGCCUUCAUGGACGAUGGCGGCUUUAACUUGAGGCCUGGUGUGGAGACCUCCAUCAGUAUGAGGAAGGAAGCCCUGGACAGACUUGGGGGCGACUAUGGUGACUGUACCAAGAAUGGCAGUGAAGUCCCCGUGGAGAACCUUUAUGUUACCAAGUAUACACAGCAGGUGUGUAUCCACUCCUGCUUCCAGGACAGCAUGAUCAAGGAGUGUGGCUGUGCCUACAUCUUCUAUCCGUUGCCCAAGAACGCGGAGUUCUGUGACUACAGGAAGCAUAAUUCCUGGGGUUACUGUUACUAUAAGCUCCAGGAUGCCUUUUCCUCAGACCGCCUGGGGUGUUUCACCAAGUGCCGGAAGCCGUGCAGUGUGACCAGCUACCAGCUCUCUGCUGGUUACUCACGAUGGCCCUCAGUGACAUCCCAGGACUGGAUCUUCCAGAUGCUAUCCCGACAGAACAAUUAUACUAUCAACAACAAAAGAAAUGGGGUCGCCAAACUCAACAUCUUCUUCAAGGAGCUGAACUACAAAACCAAUUCUGAGUCUCCCUCUGUCACGAUGGCCACUCUCCUGUCCAACCUGGGCAGCCAGUGGAGCCUGUGGUUCGGCUCCUCGGUGCUGUCUGUGGUGGAGAUGGCUGAACUCAUCUUUGACCUCCUGGUCAUCACGUUCCUCAUGCUGCUCCGGAGGUUCCGAAGCCGAUACUGGUCUCCAGGCCGAGGGGGCAGGGGUGCCCAGGAAGUGGCCUCCACUCCAGCUUCCUCCCUCCCGUCCCAUUUCUGCCCCCACUCCACAUCCCCACCAGGCCCUGCUACCUCCCCGGCCUUGAUGGCCCCUCCGCCUGCCUAUGCCACUCUGGGUCCCUGCCCAUCUCCAUCCAACUUGGUGGAGGCCAGCUCCUCUGCCUAUACUCUGGGGGAGCCUUGAGAGGGAAGGAAAGUGCCCUCCCCUCCCAAGGCAGGCGCUUCCCCUGGUGGGAGGGGAGCAGGCUUGGCAGGAUUAAAGAAUGUCUUGGGACUUCCUCUCA